AUGCAAUCAAAAGGCCACAUCUGGUGCCAUACAGAAAUCGUCAAUGGCGUGUCACAAUCGACUCUAUACCGUGCUGGCUUUCUCACGAAUCCCAAGUCGAAGCGAGCGGCAAACCGAGCUUUGCAGAACCCGGUCGAGCCCGACGCAUCAAAUUUGAAGAAAUUCUGCUUCAUCGUCGACACGCUGAGAUCAACGCAUCUGCAAACGCCCUCGACAGUUGAGACCACCUGGUCGGUCUGUAUUGGUUCUCAAGCUGAGUACGACUUUCGAGGACUGUGCGACUCCCUAGUCGUGGAUGGACGUCUCUUGCCCCCUGAGCUUCCUAAUCGAGACUACCUUCUCAUCCUCCUCGACAUAAUUUCCGAUAUAAAUGUCCUUUUUUGUGCGAUAGGGCCCCUCACUGCUUGCUGCAUGUCAAUUCGUGAGGCGAGCAAACAGACGAGCCAUCAGAGCCAAGCUGGGCUUGAAACUAUCAUACCACCGCUGCCGACCUCCCUGAUUGAAUCGACAGGGGCUGAUUAUAGCCGAUAUCUUCCUUUGGCCGCAGAUCACGAGUUUCACCGUGUCCGAGCCAAAUUAAUGUGUGCCCUGGAAGUAUGGCAAACUUCGUUCAGUGCCCGGGAUGCUCGGCUAUCGAAUGAUGGCUGGGUGGAUGCAUCGUCCCUUUUACCGCUGUUCCACUUUGCUCGACUUCUUCUCGUGGCCGGACCGGGUGUCUACACUCUUCCGUCGCUUGCCGGUUACACGCCAGAGGAGAAUGACGAACUUCUUACGAGGCCUCAACAAUGUCGUGUCCCGCAUACGUUGGGGCUGCGAUUCCCUCAAUCAACACUCCAUGUUGUCAUGGAACUCCUGGAAAGUGUAGAGUCAGACUCUGCCAGGCGUUCAGACAUUGCUCAUGGAAUACAACGUCCUUGUCAGCCUAUGUGGUAUCCUCUCGUGCUCUUCUACGGUGCCUUGGUUGCAUGGAGUCAUAUGUGUGAUGAGUCCAUGGGAAAACAGGAAUCAUUGCGACCCAGCCAUUUUCUGCUUACAACACGGAAGCUGCUACAAAUGUUCGGCUUUGAACUAGCCAAGUUGGAAGACGACUGGAAUUGUGCAAGAAGCAUGAGUGCCGUGAUUUCAAAUUUGAUUCAAUAA